UAAAAGGUAAUACUAUCUGUUCAUAUGUCCACACUUUUUGUCAAAUUACAGCCUAUUAGGCAUUUAUCGAACAAGUAGGCUACAUUUAUUAUUUCAGAGCUUUGAAAGCUAUUUGAAAGUGAAACUAAAUAAAGCUGUAGGCUAGUUAUCGGCUAAUGUGGGUGGACACCUGAUAAUUUGUUUGCACUGAUAUUUCCAUUAACAGUAACGAAUUAAAAUAACCAGUGAUUGCUUAGGGAAGUUCAGUUUAAGUAAUAAUAAAACCUUAAAAUCCAUGUUCUAAACAUUUAGAUAACAUGUGCAAAACAAGUGAAAAUACAAUGAAAUUCUCCAGGUUCUCUGAAAUGUAUAAUGAUCAUUGUUUAUCGUUUUGCACCAUAUGAAUUCAUUCUUUCCAUUUCAUGUCAUAUUUUUUUUUACCCAUUUUUUUAAAUGUUCAAUUAGCUUAUUUAUUUUUCAUUAAGUAGUAUUUGUUUAAAACAUUGAUCAAAAUUAAAGACAUGCCGAUCUUGGGAAAACACCAUCUUACUUUUACUAUGAAUUCAUAGGUCUUAUACUGUAAGGGACACUUUACAAUCCAGGUUUCAGGCGUUACGAAAAAACUUAAUUACGGGACCACCUAUUAGUAUUUAUCUAUACGUUAAUUAACUUUAGUGAUUCAAUGGCGUGGUUGGUUUGGUGUUUGCUUCUCACCUCGGUGGUUGCGGGUUCGAUUCUCGGUCAUUCCAUUGAGGAGUGAGAGAUGUGUUUUUCUGGUGAUAGAAGUUCACUCUCGACGUGGUUCGGAAGUCACGUAAAGCCGUUGGUCUAGUUGCUGAAUAACCACUGGUUCCAUGCAACGUAAAAACACCAUACAAACAAACAUUAACUCGCUUCCCCUUUUUCGUUUUUCGCAGUUUGAUGUCCCGUCAGACGAAAACCGCGUCAAAAGGGCGCUCCUCAUAGGAGGCACUGCUUGUGUCUGCGUCGGCAUCGUGUGCAUCAACAGCUACGGACACAGACUACCCCUGAAAAUCACGGGCGUUGUUUGCCUCUUCUUCGGAGUCUUCAUGCUUGGAUGCUUAGUGUCGAUUUUCUGCUACGCCAGAAGGAAACAGGAAUUGUACCGUGAAUAUCCAAGCGGCACCAGAGUCCAACAAUCGCAUUCUAGACAUCUUCGGCAGCCGUUGUCCCCAUCCCAUCCACCUGGUGUGCUUCCUUCUCCUCCUACAGAGAAUGCUCCCUCUGAUGUUCGCCAAGGUUAUUUUCUUGUCAAUGGGCAGCAGCCUACUGGAGUUGGCCCUCAAGUGGCGGGUUACUCACCUAAUUUCAGAGUGCAGCCUUCGGUGUACCAUGUAGUCAUUGAUGGGCAGCAGCUACCACAUCACCCCUCAGCCCAUGGUAGGCCUACAUCAAGGACUUCUUCUGGUAGGCCGAGAUCAAGGACUCCUCCUGUUGGGCAUAGAUCAAGGACUCCUUCUGGUAGGCCUAGAUCAAGGACUCCUUCAGGUAGGCCUAGAUCAAGGACUCCUUCUGGUGAGCAUAUAUCAAGGACUUCUUCUCCUGUUAACAGGCGGUCGACUCAACACCAAUCUCCUAACAGGAGUCGAUCUCAAGUCGUUGGUGGAGAUCCUCCACCAUAUUGUUCGGUAGUUAGCGAGCGCCCUUGGGAGAACCCUCCCUCUUACCUGGAGGUGUCUUCGUGCCUCGUCCGAAGAGCCAGUGCUGGAGAGGCGGCCAUACAUCUAUCUGCCCCAGACAUUUCCAUUGUUAGUGACCAAGAAUAUCUUGCGUCUCCUACUUCUAGGUCUUCUGUAGCCAGUAAUCCAACUGAAUCGGAAUAUCUACCUUCACCGCCUCAUGAAUAUUGACUUCUUACUCCUUGAAAUCCCAGAGCAAUGAAGGUUGUUUCCCCUUGAAAUCCCAGUGAUGAUAGUUGUUUCCCCCUGAAAUCACAGUGCAAUGAAGGUUUACUCCUUCAAAUUACAGAGCAAUGAGCGUAGUUUCCCUUGAAAUCACAGAGCAAUGAACGUAGUUUCCCCUUGAAAUCACAACAAUGAAGGUUGUUUCCACUUAAAAUCACAGAGCAGUGAAAGUUGUGACGCUCCGAGUUUUGUUGUGUAUCUUGUGAUAUCACAGAGCAGUGUAAAAUGCGAUGCUGCAGCAUGCCAGUUAUCUUGUGAUGACAGACCGAUUGGAGUAUAUUUGUGAUAUGAUAACGUGUCUGCCUAGGAGUGUUAAGAUAAGAGAUUUCUAAAAUAUUUUCGGCAAAGGGGAAAUUUACAGUUAAUGAAACAUUCUAUUCGUCAGUGAAGAUAAAAGACCGAAAGAGAUAGAGUAAAUAUAGUGAUUUAAUAAUUAUCUGAAAUCUUGGGUUAUCUCCACUGAAUGCAGUGCUUACGUUUCAACGUAUGAUAACUCGUUGCUUGCUUCCGUAAAGUUCCUGGUAUUGUAAAGCUGUCUGAAUUAUCUGUUCACGUAUACGGUGGAUAGCUGGAUAGCUCAUAACCAAUGAAUACAACCUAUUAUAUUUAUAUAAUUUUAUUUAUUGUAUUAUUAUUUACGUAAUUUUAUACCGCCAUGCCUUCUAAA